AUGUCACAUUCAUUUGCAGAGAAGUAUUACCUUUGUGAUGCCGCAUAUACAAACACUCGUGGGUUUAUGGCUCCAUACCGCAAUACUAGGUAUUGGUUAGCCGAUUUUCGAAGAGGCAGACCUUUAACUAGAGAAGAAAGGUUCAACUAUGCUCAUGCACAACUUAGAAAUGUUAUUGAGCGUGCUUAUGGUGUUUUGAAGGCGAGAUUCCCAAUCUCAAAACAAAUGGCUCCUUAUCCUUUUACCGUGCAAAUAGACAUAGUCAUUGCUUGUGUCGCGGUCCAUAAUUUUAUAAGGAAAUACAAUAUAGAAGAUGACUUGUUUAGAAAUUUUGAGGACGACACUAUGGUUACUCCUGACGUCCAAGGUGGGGGAAUUGAUAGAGAAAACAUACAAGGCAUAGAAUGGGGUCCAGAAGUCGUUAAAUAUAUGCGUGUUUUGCGUGAUCAGAUUGCAAAUCAACUACUUUCACCUACUUUACGUUAA